UAAGCUCCGCCCUUGGCGUCCAGCAACACACGCACACAGUGGACGCGAACAAACCGAGCGCACAUCCAGGAUAACAACAAGCAAGCAGGCGCAACCAUGGCCCUCCACAGGACCACUGUAACCAACCAAAUGGAUUACAACCGGGAGUCCAAAGAAGGGAAACCGUCGACAGACGAGCGUCUGGAUAGUGGCGUCGACUCGCUCAAAGAGGAGGACUACCAGGCAGUAGCAGAAGAGAUAUGGCGCCUGCAGCUCGAGUGUCAGCCGUCGCAAAACAAGCAACUUUCAGCUUGUGCAGCCGCCGAGAUACAAGAAUGGAAAACACAAAUCACCGAGGACGGAGACACGCUACUGCACUUGGCUAUUAUUCACGAGGCAACGGACUACAUCAAAAUGAUGAUCGAGCUCUCCAAGAACACAGACUUCCUCGACGUCCAAAAUGACCAGAGACAGACGGCUCUUCAUUUAGCAGUCAUAACAAACCAAUCAGAUGUGUGCCAGCGCCUUCUGGCCGCUGGCUGCGACCCCACGCUGGUGGACGACAGCGGGGACAUGCCCGUCCACAUCGCAUGUCGCCAUGGCAACCUGCUGUGCUUCAGCGUCCUCACACAGUUUUGUCGUCCGGAGCAUCUCCAAACAAUGACGUCGGCAUGCAAUUACCAAGGUCAGAACUGCCUCCACUUGGCCUCAGUUUACGGUUUCCUCUCGCUGGUGGAGAAUCUUGUGGAUCUGGGAGCUGAUGUUAACUCAAAGGAGCAGCGCAACGGCCGCAGCGGGCUGCACCUGGCCGUCGACCAGCAGAAUCUGUCGUUGGUCAAGCUGUUGCCGAAAUUUAGCAUGCGGCUUGCUUUUUCAUGGCUUGCCAAUCAUUCACAAACGCAUCCAUCCACAUAA